AUGACGGCUAUUUGUAAUUGGCAGUACGUUGGGUGGCUUGAUUUGUACGGAACCCUCCUUGGAGCCUCGCCGCAAGAGGCACGAUAUUUCUUAAUGAACCGAUGGUCCUUCCACCAAGCAACGCUGUGGUUAUGCGUCUUAAGUAUGAGCCCUUGGGAUCUCCUCAACGUUACCCUCGUUGAACGUCCCUCUGUUCUGUAUUUUACGCGAUCCGCUCAACAGACAGACCACCUCGACGUUACCCUCGUUGAACAUACCCCCGAUCUGGUUUCAAACUUCUCACUUCCCCGAUAUAUUCUCGCCAUCGCCUGUUACAUGACGCAACAAAAGCCAGAAAUGCCUUCUGGUGUCGACCAACAGCCAUCUCCUGGUCCAAGCUACAUGGGCUCAUCCCCUGCAUCCUUCGACUAUGUUGAGGAACAGUUUGGCGGAGGUCGUCGAUAUGAAGCACCGCCUGCCGAGUUGACUCCCUCACGGCUGAGGACCAGACUCAAGGCCACAGUGGCGGGACCGUCGGUAUUGUCAAGGACGCCUCUGCCCCGACGCCAGGCCUAUCAAAAAUACCUCUAUACGACGUUCAGCUUUCCGUUGGUCCAUUCCCACCACGUUGUGCAGGACGGUGCUUCAACUUCAACAAGCGAUACGUCAUCGCUUACGCUGAACGUGGCUUACAGUCGGCACAACUCACCCUUUCCUCCACUACAAGGUCCUGCACAACUGCAGGAUUUGUUUUACGGCCCUAUGGACCAGCAGUCUCCUUGGAUGCAGCAAAACCCAUCUGGUGAUUUCGGAAUGAUGCAGCCUGAUACUUUCACGGCUGGAUUACUCGGAGAUCAAGCUCUAGGCAUGGGCUGGAGCGGGCGACAAGUCGCUGGUGGCCUGCAACCGUCCUGUGACCAACGGCAAGACGCCUCUCAUGUCUCGCGGAUGUUCGCUGGAUCCAGCAGGCCAACCGUCUUCGGGAUUGAUGCAGAACUCACCAUUCACCCUGCAUCCUGCACCAUAUGUACCCGCCUCAAGAUCAUGCCCAUCCUAUUCCAGCCCACAAAACAUCAUCCCGCCAACACCACUCAAGGAUGGUGGCGAGAUCCUAGUCCAAAGUUGGACCUAGGUCACUAUUCUCCGGCCACCACCUACCGCGUUCGGUUCCCUGAAAGAGACCACUUGCAGGAGGAGCUCGGCCGCUGUGAAAAAGAGAAAUCAGAAGGCAGUGGGACACCUAGUGCAACAUUGCGAAGAAAAUGCUACGAGAAAUUCAAGGACACCUUUCCCGACACCUAUCAAGACAUCCUAUCGAAGCAUGAGGAAGUAGCUCUCCUGAGCUCGUCUCCCCCAAACUAUUGCCCAGCGCGGACAAGCAUUCCAAAAACACUAUCGGAGUGUGACGAGCAUCAUUUGGAUUUGAAGCAGCCGUUGUAUUAUGUGGUAAAGUGGUUAAUGAAGACGGUUCGCUUUGGUCAUUCUUACAACACACCUGGUGCUGGUGGGUUCUGGGAAAUGCGAUGCCGUGCCAGCGAUGACAUGAUCAUCGGUCAUUUAAAGGCCCACGUGUAUAACACCACAUCGCUAUCUGCAAAACCGGGGACGAUAGCCAUCAAAAACAGACACCGACCGUUACCCCACGACAUAGACCAGGCUUCUGAUGUUGUGGAGGGAGGACGGGAGGAUAACUUGAAAUUCGUGAAGCAGGAAAUCACCAGGCAAGCUGCCAAAUUUGGCUGCAAAAUACACGGCGGAAAGAUUUUCCCUUGGAAGCUCAUGCCAGCCGCACUCGUGGAAGCCAAUCUCAGCAUCCAAGGAUAUCCUGGCACACAAGUGCCUAUUUCCCGGUGA